AUGAGUUUAAUUAUUCGAUUAGUUCGAACACCAAAUGCUGCAUGGGAAAAACCUAAACAAAUUCUUGAUGAGGAAUCUUUAAUCUAAAGAUAAGCCGCCUAUGAUGAGAAAGUCAAAGAGCAAAUAUUUAAUUCUGAUGCUAAUCCAAUUGAGAUCAAAGAAGAUGAAGAAGAGGAGGAAGAUGAUGUUGAAGACAUUGAUGAUUAUGCAGAUGAUCUCCAACCACAUGAUUUAUGA